UGCACCUUCAUUCUUCAUUUUUUCUUCGCUCAUCAUUCCUUCCUUCCUUUUCGUUUUUUCUUAUAAAAUUGUGUGUAGAUCUUAGACCAGAGGUUGAGGGAAAUUUUAGGAAGGAGCAAACGUUGCAAAUUUGUGGUAACUUUGGGGUAGUUGUCUGAAGUGGGACUACAGCCUGGGUUGAAGGCAUCAUGUCCACCUUGGAGAGAUUUGAUCUGGUUUUUAGGAGAGUAGCGGGAAACAUACUGCACUAAAACCAAGUUAAUAAUUUAUGAUAGGUUCAUGAUGAUGAUCAUGUGAUGUUUAAACCCUUAUAUCCGGCAACCCCACCCCUUCUCUCCUCGUGAUUGGCCAGCAGAUGGCGCGAUGACGUAACGCUGGUGGAGCACCGUGACGCGCCGCAUCUUUGCAUCCUCAACGCUCCGUGGACGUGACCGCGGGGAGGGAGGAGAGAGAGAGAGAGACAAAAUCCCCACAACAACAACAUCAUCACCAUCAUCAUCAUCAGGAGCACCAAACAAGAGAAAGGAAAAGUGGCGCUGGAGGAAUCAGUGAUGUCUCUCUCGCCAUGCCGCAUCCCGCCGCCUUCCUGCUGCUGCUGCUGCUGCUGUCGCUGUCCGUCGUGCUGACCGAGGCCGCGGAGCUGAAGGGUCUCGAACACAAUGCGGAGACGCCUUCACGCAAAGGACGUCGGGAGGAGACUGCGACCGCACCUGCGGAGCUGUUUUCGUCUCUGACGCUAAAGGUGUGGGUGAAGGACGCGUCCAGUCAACGGUACCUGAGCGGAGCCGAGGUCCGGGUGUUUGUUAACGGAUCCAUGCUACAGUCUAGCCACACUGAGGAGAAUGGAGAAGUGCUGCUCACCGUACCCUACCAGCUGGGGGUCACCCUCUCUUUGGUGGCUAGUAUGGAGGCCUACGUGCCCAAACAGCUGCCCUGGAAGACCACCAAAAUGCCCAUAUUUUCGGCCGUCACCAUGUCCUUGGUCCCACAAACCCAAGGCAACAUCUGGCUCUUUGAAGACACCGUGCUGAUAACUCGAAAAACAUCUGAUGUGUCAUCACAACCUAUCAUCCAGUUUCCCAAAAGCCUCCUGUUGCUCCCGGAGAACGCCACCACCUCCAGUAUGAUGGCUUAUCUGACAGUUACGGCUCCUCCUCCAGAGAAGGACAGUCAUUUCUCUACCAUGGGGACCUUUAACAGCAAAGAAGUUUCAGGAUACAGGGGCUUGAAACUGAGCCCUGUGGCAGUGCUGAGUGCUCAACUGCUGUCCGAAGGGAAAGAGAUUGGCAUCAAAGGGCCAGUUCAGCUCACCGUACCUUUACCAUACCACUCCCAUCUCCGAGCCUCCGACCCCCUGCCUGCCUGGACCUUUGACUUGACCACAGGUAUGUGGGUGAACAAGGGUAUCGGCUCGGUCAGGACAGAAAGAAAUGGUCUUGUUUGGACAUAUGUGGCGCCUCACCUUGGCAACUGGAUCGCAGCACCAUCUCCAACAUCAAAUGGUUACACGAGACAUACGACUAUGAUGGAUUUCAUCUCAUACCACACAUACCUUCUUGUGGGCAUCUUGGGCGGCACUCUCGUGAUCAUUAUUGGAUUGUUAUCUGUGAUUUUAUGUCACUGCAGAGAAUUGAGCCAUGAAACUGAAAGAAAAAGAUGGAAUGCCACCAGACUGUCAAUCAUCAAGAAAGACCAGACCACAUCUACCAGCUCAGAAGUCCAUGAGCCCUUGUACAACAAUGGGGACCAUAAUGAAAACAGGUCUUACUCAUUGGUUGCGAGAGGUGGGGGUGCAUCUGCAUCCCCUCGACAUCAAGCCAACUAUAAUAUCUAUGUCGACAAUGUCUGCCGAACUGCAGGGAACUUGUACGAUAACAUUGGAACUGCAGGCCUGGAGAACCUCCGAGUUACAGUGCCAAAUAUGUAUGUAAACAGCGAUGAAGUAGCAAAGCUUAGAGAGAUGACUGAAAAGAGCGCUUUGCGGCAAGGCCCUGGAGACAAUUCGGCAUAUCGAGACAAGCUGUUCCACAUUUACAACCAGCCUGUGGCCAUUGUCCAAGCACCAGAGAAUUUUUCUGCCCAGGGACAGGCUGAUUCCACUGCAAGCCGAUGCGCCACCUUUCCCCGAAAUGGCAUGGAGCACGGAGGACAGACUGAGCGAAACCUGAAGGACAGUUUCACUCAGACACUGCCAAAAGUCCCACAACAAGACAACAAUCUACAACCAGCUCUGGAAGGUCCACAGAGCUCCACUGCCAACCCAGGAAUCUGGGGCCGCUAUAGCCACUUGCUCGAGUCUGUCUCUGUCCCGGGGACUUUGAACGAAGCAGCUGGAAUGGGUCCUUUCCAUGGUGAGCUACAGGGAAUCUCUGAGCAGACCCUGCUGGAGCUUUCCAAGGUCAAGCCUUCUCCCCUGCCUCCUCGGGCAUGGUUUGUGUCUUUGGAUGGUAAACCAGCAGCUCAAGUACGCCACUCUGUAAUCGAACUCCAAGGAAGGCACCGACCAGGAAGCAGCAAUGACACCAGCUUGGACUCUGGGGUGGACAUGAAUGAGCUCCAGCAGUUAGUACGAAAGAGCGAUCAGGAAGGCCCAUCGAUCACCAACAUGCCCAAAGUAGCAAGGGCUCAUGGAAACGAGGAACAGGACUUGAGCAGUAGUGAAAUCGGGAGUCCUGAAGAUACAUCCCUGGGGAACAUGCUGCAGGGCAGCAGUGCAGCCAUUCCUAACAUCCCAGAGGAUCAAGACGCCGGUGACACCUCCAGUGAGUCCAGAUCCACCCCACCGCCCAGGAGACUGCGCAAGAUGCGGGACAAAAGGCCUGAUAAGAAAACGACUCGGCAUGUCAGGGAAGAACGGGCCCAAACAAAACGUUAGAUUAUUCUCCUCCGUGUGUUGAGCUUUGGUGUCUACCAAAAAUUUCUGGGUUUCAUUGACCUGCCUUAUUGUACUGUUAUGGGAAGGGAUGCCACACAAAGAUGACCUGUCUUUACCUGUAGCUUUCUGAAAGUAAAUAUCUGCAGUGUUUGCCAGUUUUCUGCAUCCAGCUAUUGCCCAUCCAUAACAACGGUCUGUUGCUCCUACACAACAGCUUCAUGUUUCAUGGUUUGUACAGAGACUUUGGUUUACUGAAGUGCAUUGCAAUACCAUGUAUUCGUUUCCAUUUUUUUCACUGUGAGCACAAUUCCUGUACCAACAAAACUAUUUUUAAACCGAUAACAAGUUUGAAUACUCAAGAGGGGAUGUUUGGAACAGGAGGACGGUUACUAGAUGAUGGUUUGUUUGGGGUCAGAUUCCUUUUUAUUGUAAAUUCAGGUGUAGAUAUAUGAAGUAAGCGAGAACUGCCACCAGAGUGCCAAUAGUAGUGACAAAAAUUCCUGUAAUCUGAAAAGCCAAUGAAUGAAAAAAAAGGAGAAAUGUCGCAAAACAAAUAGGAAUGCCUAUAAGUAUAUAACCUGUACAUGAACUUUUUUCUGGCAUUCAGGAAAAAAGAUAUUCAGAUUUUUUAAAAGAAGGCCUUUAAGGACAUUUAUUUGUCUUGCACUUAAACGUUUUUGCAUGCUGUUUUUUUUCCUCCUACUUUUCUUUACCUUUAGUAAGAGAAUGUAGCAAAAAGCCACCAGGAUUUCAGGUGAAUAUUUUCAACCAACUCUGCAUUAUUUAACAGCCAUAUUGUAAAUCCAGAAAACCAUGAUGAGUUGCAAACCAGAAUGAAUAAAGUGUUUUUUUUUAAAAACCAUAGGUUCUUAACAAGUAGCAAAGGGUUUGGUGGGCAAAUGAAAUUUGACAUUAUACUGAUAAAAAUAGUGCUGCAUGACAAAAAAGUACAAUUUCUUUUUUCCUUUGUAAAUAGCGUCACAUCCACUUUCAUUGUGAUGUGUAUCAUUUCUGUAAAUUAUCACUCACCACUUUCAAUGGCUAAUUUCUCUUGUUUCUCGAAUGCUUUGAAGACCAGUUUGUGAUUUGCAAUUUUUGUGCACAUCAAUAAAAAUAACUAGCCAGUGUUCGAUGUAACGACUCUUGU